CCAGCUCCCAGCCAUAGGACAGAGCAGAUUCUUGUUGUACGUGUGCAGCUCAUCUGCUUCGCGAAGUCGUGUGGUUUCUAAUAAAGCCCGACUCCCCGUUCAUUUUUCGCCUCUGUAACAUAUUGGAUUGGACUAGUGACGGAUCGCGGCGACGACGAACGGUUCGGGUGCUCGGUUCCUGCCUUUAGUGAAGGAAAAAAAAUACUGUGUGCAGUGAAAGAAUACAAACGCGCAUAUCACCAGCAGAUCCGGAACAGUAAAAUACGGAAGAAAGAAACGGGACAGUGUUCCGGACUGACCUUAACGCGUUGUUGGUUGGGAUUAUCAUCGUUGGAUUGUGGAUUGAAAAAUUCUUACACGUUGUGAGGAAAUUCUUCCGGAUUCAGCCAGCCACAGCAUAAUGUCAAUAUAGGUGGGAAAUUGUGAGUCUGGUCCGGGUCGGAUGGUGUGUUUGUGUAGUUUUGUGUGCCUGUUCUGGCCGAAGAGUGUUUGGUGUACCGGAGAGGGCUUACCUUGAAGAAGUUGUUUUCAGUUUUUUUUUCUUGUGCGCGUCUUAGAGAAGGUGAAUCGUCAAGAGAGUCGGAAAAAAUCUUAUUGUUUUCUCAAGUGGUGCUUUAUCAUAAAUUCAGAAAGAACCUUGCCGUCAGUGAGUGCUUCUGCUGUUGCUGCUGUUUGGUUGGCCAUCGUCAACUACGAGAGAAGAGGAAGGGUUGGUUGCCACCCGAAAGCCAGCGCGGGUGCCGCACAGGGUGGAGCUUUAUGGCCCUUUAGCGCUGGGCGCCUUGGUAGCAGCUCAGUACCUACGUAUAGUAGCAGUUUAUACAAAGUACACCCGAAGGCAAGGCGCGGCAAAGGCGGUGGUGAUAUAAAUUGGAAUGAAAUCGGGUUCUACACUCAUUUUGGUAGCGGAAAAAUAAAGGAAGACUUGGCAGUGUGGUGGCAGCGGCGGUUGGAGGAAGAAGCGAGUUACAGUUUCAGUUAUAUCAACAAAGCGCCUUGCUUCUGAAUUUUUCUGGUUGGAUGCAGCGUGCUAAUAGAUUUAACACUCGUUUCGAGAGAGGCAACGCAGCACGUUUUUGGGAUGGAGAGUGAAGAACCUCGGCGCGCUAUUAGAACACCCGUUAAUCGCAUUCAGUACUAGAAGAGAAGACGGCAAAACGUUACACGUUCGUCACGAGUCCGGUGGGUUAUUUUGUGCCAGGCAGAGAGCUUAGCUCAGUGGUAAUUUUCUGGGUAUUGAGGUGAAACUAAUCCGACGAACCAGCGAAAGACGUGGAGUGGAAAGUAAUCAACCGAAGCACGCCGCAGGUCUGCCCUCUGCGGAGACCCAAUGGAGGUCCCUCGGGUGAAACAACGGCAGACAAAUCAUUCCACAACGAGCAACCAUUUCAAUUCCAAGCCCGCUGCUGUUUCCCGGCGGAUAGCAAAUAUCAACGAGCGUGCUAAUCGCUAAUCGUUAUACCGAGAGCCGCCAUAUAAACUAAGCGAAUUUAUUGGUCGCGUAGCGCAAAAGCAAUCACAUAUCUACCGCACACAACCACACAACUAGAAACUAGAAGAGUCAGGUCUCCCACAGGAGAACUCUUACCCGCGACGAAACCAAAGACUGUGAAGCUCCAUAGAUCCUUAUAGCAAAAUGCGCCCCAUCAUUCGAAAUCGGAAGCAGGUGAUUGUGCUAGCAGUUGGACUGGGGCUGCUGUUGAUUCUGUUCCUCAGGACCGAACUGGGAUCGCGAUGCCUACGGGCGGCGACAUCCGGUGGGGCGAUGAUCCGGGGUGGAAGUGGACCCGGCGAUGAGGGGGCAGGAUCCGGUGACAAAAGCUACCGCUAUCAUAGAAAUAUGCCGCUGAUCUUUAUCGGCGGAGUGCCACGCUCGGGGACGACACUGAUGCGGGCCAUGCUGGAUGCACAUCCGGAAGUGAGAUGUGGCCAGGAAACACGCGUCAUUCCUCGCAUCCUGCAGCUCCGGUCGCACUGGAUGAAAUCGGAGAAGGAGUCGGUUCGGCUGGUCGAAGCCGGCAUCACCAAGGAGGUGCUCAACGGUGCGAUCGCCCAGUUCUGUCUGGAGAUCAUUGCCAAGCAUGGUGACCCGGCGCCGCGGUUAUGCAACAAGGAUCCCCUGACGCUCAAGAUGGGCACCUACGUGAUCGAGCUGUUUCCGGAGGCCAAAUUCCUCUUCAUGGUCCGCGACGGCCGGGCGACGGUGCAUUCCAUCAUUUCGCGCAAGGUCACCAUCACCGGGUUCGAUCUGAGCAACUACCGGCAGUGCAUGACCAAGUGGAACCAGGCGAUCCAAACGAUGCACGAGCAGUGCAAGGAGAUCGGCAAGGAGCGCUGCAUGAUCGUCUACUACGAACAGUUGGUGCUGCACCCGGAGGAGUGGAUGCGGAAGAUCCUGCACUUCCUGGACAUCUCCUGGAACGACUCGGUGCUGCACCACGAGGAGUUCAUCAAUAAAGAGAACGGGGUGGCGUUGUCCAAGGUCGAACGAUCAUCGGACCAGGUGAUCAAACCGGUCAAUGUCGAUGCGCUCUCCAAGUGGGUUGGCCAAAUCCCGGAAGACGUGGUACGAGAUAUGGCGGAGAUUGCACCGAUGCUGUCGGUGCUGGGGUACGAUCCGUACUCCAACCCGCCGGACUAUGGGAAGCCGGAUUCCUACGUGCAGGAGAAUACUUAUAAGGUUCGCUCCAAUCCGGAGAUGUGGGAGCACAAGGUGAAGGAGCUACUUAAACGUGAAGAGGAUCCACCGAAAAGGUACAAUCUCAACAAUAACAACAUCAUCAACAACAACAACAACAAAAACAACAACAACAACGAGGACGAAGACGACUAUGGCAAUAAUAAGGAACGUAAAACGUGAUAUUAGAGAAUUUAGCUGUGGUUAAUUUUUUAACGAGACGCAAUCCUUUGAGGAUCCUACCCUUCGGGGAAGACUUUUCAUGAAACCAACCAACCAGAUUGCGGCAAGUACGUACAAGAACUUUCUCGAAAACGGAACGCUGUGUUGUUUUAGAGCACAACUGGAGUAAAACUAAACCUAAAAAAACAAAAAACAAAACACAAUAGUAAAAGUAGAAGGAGAGAAUCAAACAAGUGCUGCAAAAGCGCACAGCGAGAGCGAGCUUUAGUUUAAUUUUACGCGCAAACGAGACAAUUAUUAUAAAAAAAAAUUGGAAACCGUCGCCGCCGCUGCAACCACCGCUACCACCGCCAAUGCCACCAACAAAACAAAAUCCGCCUGGAUGUGUGUCAAUAAGCAAGCGAGCAAGAGGAGUCACACCGCUGAAAGCACUUUUUAAUGAACGGUGAAACCCAACCGGUAGAACAAA